AUGGAGAAGAAAUUGUAUGAAGAUUUUAGUGUGGAAACCAAAAAAACGAGGACCGUUGGAUUUCUGGAAAAAAUCCAUCCGAGAGUCCCCGUCGCGCCACGUGGCACAUGCCCAUUGGAGCUGUCAGAUGGUGACGCCAGCGCUGACGUCACCAAACUCGGGCUUCAGCCCGGGCAAGACUUGCCCUUGGGCUUCCUCGGGCUCAUGGGACCCACCACGAAACCGAGCUACGGGCCCUGUGCUGGAGCUUCCUCGGGCUCCCUCUGGCAGCCUUUCCCCCUGGCUGGGUUGGGCGCUGGAGAUGCUCUAAAUGAGAGAGAGAAACUGAGAGAGCAUAGCCGAUGGCCAGGGCAAAGCUGA